UUAAGACUGGAGUCAUUGGUAUCACCGGUGCUAGCAUAAUCGUCUUCACGUCGCGUCGCGUUAGGGCUCGGGGACGGGCUUCGUGUCCGAUCGAGUCUUCCAAGAUCGUAGGAAGGGUCGUAAUUGUCCUGAGCGACAUAUUCAGCCAGGUCGUCCGCGUCGUGAAUCUGCUGAUAAGUUUCGAUCAGUUCGUCCGGAGGGGGACUUGAAACCUCCGCCAUUAGCGACGGUCCGGAGAUUUUCCUCUCCCUCCCGAUCAGCCGUCUUGGAGGGGUUUUCACUUCAUGGUCAUUGUUGGCGGGCGCGGGUGGGCUGUCAGCAGCAGCAGCCUGGAAUGCGCCUUUCAGCGUCCUGGUAUUGCUAAACGUGAUAUGGGAUUGAGCGCCAUUCCUGGGACUUAAAGUAGGAAUUCGCGACUGGUAGGCCAUGUUCUGCGCCUGGCCAUUUCGCUGCGGUCGUCGAAAUCGAAGGUCGUCAUUGUCGCGAUCUUGCGAGUCGGGAGGAUGGGCGGUGUGGUCGCCGGUAGACAUAGCUUGUGUUGGACUAGUCCCGAAAUUCCAUCAUAUGCAGCGCCUGCAUAGCGCCAGAUGGCUAUAGCAUUUGACGCAUUCCUUUUUUAUAUAUCUCGAGUUCGGAGGUGGAAGGCUGGGGGGUGUGUGUUGUUCGGAUUCCAAGAUCGCGUCUGCUUGAAGGCGGAAUGACAUGGGAGUCCCAAAACGGACUAGCUCUGGAUCUCGGCCUCCGCCAUUGAGUUUCGAGAAAGAAACAUCUUGGAAGCUUUUUUGAGAGCUGAAAGCCGGACUUGAUUGACAGCAGCCAGCUAGUUGUUCAUUCUUUAUCUAUUGUCUUUUCAAUUGGCCUCCAUUGUAGAAAUAUAUCUUCGGGAUGUAUUAAUAACUGCCAGUGGGCUUUGUCUAUAUCCGCAUAUUACUCUGCUCUAUUCUUCUAUGAUAAAUCCCACGGCAUCUGGGUAUCGGGAUGACGCUUUACCCGUUCACAGGACUUAAAUUUUGAACCCAAUCGUAACCCCUGAGAAGGGGUUGAAAAAAAUCCGUCCCGGAACUAGCAACGCUGAAGGAGAGUUAACGUAAAUACUCCGUACUUAUAAGGACGGAACGAAAAGUGGAAAACAAAAUAUGGCCAAACCCGCGAAAGCUGCCUCAAAUAAUAAAAGACAAGGAGCAUAUACUGCUAAACCCUCGACCUCAUAUUCAAAAACAACAAAACCCUCAACCCCGCCGGCCCCUUUCACUAAAGCACCGUCGUCACUCAGUCAAUUCCUAGCACCCCUCUCCCCAAAACAUGUCUACCUCGUCCACCUAGACAACCACCCACAAAAACACAAGCGCCAAAUCUUCCUCCUACCCCUCUUCCUAAACAUCGCCAUCCUAGCCCUAAUCCUCUUAAGAGUCUACACAGGCUACCCAACCUACAUCGACCUCCUCGCCUUGAUUCUCGGGCACGAAAGCCCCGCCCGAGUCAACACCUCAUCCGCAAGCUGGACCUAUCUCCUCACAACCCUCCUCCGCCGAACCCUGACAUUCCUCCUCGAUUACCUCCUCCUCGCCAUCCUCCUCCCCUGGCCCGUCCGCUUCGUUCUCGGCCCCGCGCACUGGCGGCGCAAGCUCGGCUUCCAGGGCUGCGAAGUCAUCGUGCGGAAGAGCAGGGCGUCAUGGAGCGAUGAGCUGAAACCUCUCUCCUGGAUCCGGGAAGACGACGAGACCAUCAAGACCAGGGUUAUUCCCGCCGUGACGCCGCAGCGGCUGCUGAAGACGGGAUAUUUGCUCAUCGAUGCGGACUGGGACCUGGAUUUCGCGGCCAUGGUCAAGGCGCAUGAGCUUGUUGCGGAGGGGGCGCUGGCGGUUGACGACUUUAAGACUGCGGUGCUUGUUCAUGGGGGCGGGGCGGAAGGAAAUGAUGGUUUGCAGUGGUUGAUAUGGAGGGUGGACGAGGAGAAACGGGGCGGCGCGCCGGGGAAACAACCAGACGGAGGAAGACUCUCUAAUACCCAGCGGGACAAGAUUAUCAUGUUCCACGAGAAGCUGGCGUCGAUGGGGAAGGAGGACUUGUUCUUCCGUUGGGUGGAGUUGAUUCAGUAUGAGAGUACCCAACCUGGCGGGUUCACGCCGGAAAGACAACAGAAGACCAUGAAAGAGACGCAGCAGUUGUUUGAGGACCAAGGGGUUGAUUUUGAGAAAUUCUGGGCGGAUGUUGGAGGGAUGGAGGGGAUAGAUAUGUAAAUAGCUUUUGGGUGAGGUGUACUGUGGGAUACAAUGUUCCUCGUUCUUCUUUUCCCCCCUUUACAAUACACAACUUGCAUAAGGGCCGGUCAUGGAAAACGUGCUUCCAUUUAUAAUCCCGAAAAGUUUUACAUAACGUAAACUGAGACAGAUAUUUCAAUUGCAAUCUCAUCAUUAGCCAUCCAACAUUGCGUCACAUGGGGAAACUGCUGUAGCUACUACUAUGGGUAUGGUAUAUAUGUUCAAAGCGCACGCAACAGAUAAAAUAUGCAAAAUUUGACAGGUAGCAGAAAAUUGCAGAAAUGAUAAUAAACACGUCAAACCCGCCCCCAAAGCUACGUAAGUCGGGAUAGAGAGGAAUGCAAUUAAUUGCAGAAAGAAUCAUGAAGAAAUGAUGAAUAAGCUGAAAAAAAGACCAACAAGAAUUUAAAACCUCGUCAGCAGGCAGACAGCUCCACGG